AUGUCCGCUCGGCAGCUCCUCGAGAUCAGACACCGCGGCUCUAUACUCAGCGCCGCGUUUGGUCGUGAUUUUGCACUCCAGCACGCUCUUGACCAUGCCACCCACACAUGGAUAGCAGAACGCGCGACAUCCUCCGAUGGUUGGGGGACGUUGGAGGACUUCAUCCAGGCCUCCUACCUCGAUCUGAAUGAGCGAGACCACAUACCACGCGGCCUACCUGCGAACUCCAUCCCAUUCUUUUCCUGGGGCAUUGUUGCCUUUGACGCCUACACAUUCCAAGCGCGCAGCAGGAGCUGGUGGUACCUGCUUGACAUGAUUGCUCCCGAUCCUACUCGGAUCGUUCCUUCAUCUCUCUUCGUCCCAUACGCUGGAACGUCCGCUACACGAAGCGAAAGCGUGGUUCAGGGCUUCAAACGCAAAGCACUUUGGUUCGUCCGGCGCGACGGGGGCUUGGGUGUACCGGCGGAAGGCAGUCGUCCCUUGUUGUGGCAUGGCGAGAAGGAGUUUCAGCGAAGUCCCUGGAGGAAAACAAUGAAAAUCAAGUUCAACUGGCCCGGAUACGACGGUUGGUGGGAAAAACAGAUCCGUAUGGACGCGGGAGAUCGCUCUAUUGGCCGACUGGCAAGCCUCGUAGCGAACAAAGUCCGCGAUUUCAUAUACGAUCAUGACCCAAGCGUCACUCACUCAGUGGGCACACAAGCACGCUGGAGGAUAGGCAGUCAGGCAGGUAGGAUAUCGGCUUCCGACAUACUGGUACUUGGCAUACUGCUCGUCUCGGACGGUGCUGUGAUGCCCAUCCUGCAAGUGCGAGACAACUUCGUCUUCUAUGCGUGA